UAGCGAACCUGCCACAAGCCGCUCGUUCAGAACCAUUCUAUCACUCCUUGCUCCCGUACACACACUCCUUCAUCACCAACCCAAACCACAGCCAUGCUGGUCCUCCUCGCCGCGCUCCUGGGCCCCGUCCUCGCCGACAACAGGAUCCGGCAGGCACCCGUGGUGACGCUGACGCCCAGCGUGACGUGCGACUGCCGGACCGUCAUGGCGGCGCCCCCGCCGCAGACGGUGUGGAAGACGGAGACAGUGCCGGCCGCCACGGGCUCCGUCAUCGAGUGGACGUCGUGGACGCACUGGACGUCUUCCUGGACCCUCGCGCCCGAGCCCGUCACCGCCCCGGCCCCGACCUCGACCGCGACGGCGCCGUCGUGCCCCGAGCGCUGCAAGUGCGCCGACAUCACCGACAUUGUCAGCAAGUUCCAGUGCUGGACCGACCCCAACUGCGAGCGGUGCAGGGGUAACGUGCCGCCGCGGAGGAAUGUGUAACGAUGCCGACCAACUAGACGGCUGGUGUCUGGUCGCCGUGGAGUGCGUGGAGUGCGUGGACUGCGUGGACUGCGGUAUCAGUGUGCACCACCUUGCAAGAAUAGAUAAAACAGCGCAAUAUUCAUUGAGACCCGCUCUCCAAACAAUAAACCUAAGCCCUAACAGACUGCUG